CUAGGUUGUGGAGGUUAUGGCUCUAUUUACAAGGGAAUCUUUGCAAAUGGGAUGGUUUGGGCAAUCAAAGUGUUUAAUUUACAGAUUGAAGGUGCAUUCAAGAGUUUUGAUUCUGAAUGCGAAGUUUUACGCAACCUUCGCCAUAGGAAUCUUACCAAAGUUAUCACCAGUUGUACUAACUUGGAUUUUAAAGCUUUACUUCUAGAGUACAUGCCCAAUGGAAGCCUGGAGCAGUGGUUACAUUCUGAUGGUUACUUCUUGAAUAUGAUCCAAAGAUUAGACAUAAUGAUCGAUGUUGCAUCUGCUUUGGAAUAUCUCCAUCAUGGUUAUGUAACAGUUGUUGUACAUAGUGACUUGAAGCCUAGCAAUGUCUUGCUAGAUGAAAGGUUGGUUGGACAUAUGAGUGACUUUGGCCUGGUGAAGUUAUUAGGAGAAGGGGAAUCUAUUGCUCAUACUAAAGCACUUGCAACGAUGGGCUACAUCGCACCGGAGUACGGAACAGUAGGAUUAGUUUCUAGAAGAUGUGAUGUGUAUAGCUAUGGGAUAAUGGUCAUGGAGACUUUCACAAGAAAAAAGCCAUAUGAUGAAAUGUUUAAAGAAAAUUUGAGCAUGAGGAGUUGGUCUAUAAUUCACUACGUGCAGCACCAGAGGAGAUUAUUGAUGUCACAUUAAUGGAACCAGAAGAGAUUGAUUUCCAGAAAAAGUUGCUUUGUGUGUCCUCUAUUUUGGAGUUGGCAUUGCAUUGUACAACUGAAACUCCCAAUGAAAGAUUGAACAUGAAAGAAGUCCUGGCAAAUAUCAAGAAUAUCAAACUGGAAUUCCUUCGCAAAUGAUGUAGCAAGGUUCAUUUGAAGGUAAUCAUUCCCCUUGGAAGUCGGAGCGACGCAACCUAUCAGGGACAUGUCAAUCGAUGCCUUUACAGCGUAGCUGUCGUUUGGGGAAAAACUGACCAUAUACGGUAAGUAACCACCCAAAACGUCGUAUGGUGUCCAGUCAUAACACUUUUUUUCGCACAAAGGGUUGUUUUUUGGGAAAAGUGUGGAUUCUUCCACUUCCCGGAUCCUUUAGCACAAAGCUUCUGACAAGUGGGGAACUAUCUGUAUGCGGGUAUGAGCACCCGAAGGUAUUGAGGAACGGUGAGUCUAGAGACUUCGGGUCUCGUAAUAUAAAAAGAAAGCAUGUUCAGGGGACUCAAAGCGUAGGCAAGAAGUUUCCGCAGUCGCAAGAGUUUCAAACGGAUCUAUACAGCUGCCUCCCACUCCCACCAACUCCCACCAUAUCAGCCGUCAUCGAGCAAGGUGCCGCUGUGCGCAGAGUCCAAGUUGUGUCACUCAACUGACAUCACCUAGGGCAGUAACAUACCAAGGGUUUGUCUACAUAGACGAAGCUUAAGAGAGAAGAAAAGAUCAUCUCACUUUUGUACUAUUUGGCUAAGAAAUAUACUUACUCUCGGACAUCUGAUCAUUAUUAUAAUUUUCUUACUUUCCAUUUACAUUAUUAGCUUAGAUAAAUAUUAUUGCUUGUAUCCCUCAUAAGAAAAACAACCAAACCCCGAGCUCAUUCGAGAGAGUCUCCAGAUUGAAUA